CUCUGUGGGGAGAGAGAGAGCCGAGCUACCGCCGCCUGCGCCGCACACUGUCUACCACACACUGUCUACCGCUCUGAAUUAAUACAGGAGAGAGACGUGAGAGAGACAGAGUGAGAGACAGGGAGGUAGAGACAGAGUGAGAGACAGGGAGGUAGAGACAGAGACAGUGAGGAGGGGAAUGGGAUUCCAGAAGGCAUGCAGUUGGCUGGCUCAGAGAGGCAGAUAAUCUAGGUUUGUCAGUGGGCUUGGCUUGGUUCAUCUCUGUCUUUCUUCUUCUCUCUCUCUCUCCCUCUCUCUCUCUCGCUCUCCCUUUCUCUGUCUGUGAGCAGCAGCCGUCGUCGUUGGUUCCUCUGGGAGUCUGCCGUGGUUGUCUGGAGAGCCGACGGUGGUUGGGGAGCGGCGAGAGGAUCAUGACUUUGGAUAGGGAGUAUUGAAGUGUUUCUGCUGAGAAAGCCCAACUAUUGCACUCAGAGAAGGAGGCGUGGUUUUGAACCGAGGUGGUGCCACACCAAACCCAGCUGAUUCCAGAUGGAGGUGGAUGCGGUUGAGAAGCGCCAUCGAACGCGUUCCAAAGGGGUCCGAGUUCCAGUGGAGACGGCAGCACAGGAGUUAUUCAGCUGUCCUACUCAAGGCUGUGAUGGAAGCGGACACGUCAGCGGCAAAUACGCCAGACACCGAAGUGUCUAUGGCUGCCCCCUGGCCAAGAAGAGGAAGACCCAGGAGAAACAGCCUCUGGAGCCUGCCCCCAAGAGGAAGCCCUUCUUAACCCCUCCCGACCUAGAGGAGGACCCUGCUGCCAUCUUCCCCUCCUAUGAACCUGAACCCAUGGACGAGGGGGAGGAGAAGGAGCAGGGGGAGGUAGAGGGGGAGAUCCAGGAGGAAGAGGAAGAGGAGAUAGAGGAGGAGGAAGGAUUUUCGGAGGAUAACGAGGAGGAUGACGAGGAGGAAGGGGAAGAGGAGGAAGAGGAGGAGGAAGAGGUGGAGAGGGAGAUUGAAGUAGUAGGGCCAGUAGAGGUAGAACAGGUAGAGGAAGGGAUAGAGGAAGACGAGGAAGCAGAGGAUGGGGAUGAUGAAGAGCAAGAGGAAGAGGAGGAGCAAGAGGAAGAGGAACAGGAGGAUGAGGGCGAUGAAGAUGAACAUGAGGAGGAAGAAGAAGAAGAGCACCAGAGUCACCAUGAGCCAGUAAGGGCUGAAAGGUCUAUCCUUCCUUUCAUGACCACAGGGAACCGCUACAAAAAUAGUGGACAAUCAAAGCAUCACCCGAUGGGACAGAAGGACAACAACAGCAACAGCAACAACAACAGCGGCCCCGGCCCUAACGUCGGCCCUAAUGGGGAAGAGUAUGAAAACUACGAUGAGCUGGUGGCCAAGUCCCUUCUCAAUCUGGGGAAGAUCGCAGAGGACGCCGCCUACCAGGCCAUGACCGAGUCAGAGAUGAACAGCAACUCCUCCAACAGCGCCGGCGAGGACGAUGAUGACGAUGAUGAGGGUAGCGAGCGCGGCGGGGGCAGGAAGGGCAAGCUGAGCGUGGACCUGGACAGUGACGUGGUCAGGGAGACAGUGGAUUCGCUCAAGCUGUUGGCACAGGGCCACGGUGCCGUGCUGCCUGACGACGGCUGCCUAGAAGGGGUGGAGGACGGCGGGCAUCCCAACGGGCGGCCCCACCAUCAUGGGGUCAGGGGUCAGGCUGAGGAGAGCGAAGAGGAGGUGUGUCUCAACAGCCUGGAGUGUCUGAGGAACCAGUGCUUUGACCUGGCCCGCAAGCUGAAUGAGACGUCUCCAUCUGACCGCCCUGGACACCCGGGCCUGCAGCACUACCAGCCCCACCACCACCUGCUGCACCAAACCGACCACCAGCACCAUCAGGCUCAGCACCAGCCCCAGGCCCACCACCUGCCCAGGUACGAGAACUGCCAGCAGGGCCAGCAGCAGGGCCAGCAGCCAGAUGAGCGUGGGUCCCUGGAGCGCAACUACUCAGACAUGGUCAACCUGAUGAAGCUGGAGGAGCAGUUGAGCCCGGCCUCCAGGACGGGCUACUCGGCCAGCUGCCACCAGGACCGGGAUGAGGACACCACGUCGGUGGCCUCGGACCGCUCGGAAGAGGCCUUCGACAUGACCAAAGGCAACCUGUCCCUGCUGGAGAAGGCCAUUGCCAUGGAGUCGGAGCGAGCCAAGGUCAUGAGGGACCGCAUGGGACAUCAUACGGUGGCCCGGAGGGACAAUCAUCAUCACCACCACCGCGGCCACGGCGAGCACAGCCCCCGUCAGAGCAGCGGGGCAGAGGAGCGCAAGUCCAGAAUGCACCACGAUGGGUCAAAGAGAGCAUACUACCCUAAAGAUUCCUCAAGGGGGGACAAGAAGGAGAGUAAGUGUCCGACCCCGGGCUGCGACGGGACAGGCCACGUCACGGGUCUCUACCCCCACCACAGGAGCCUGUCAGGCUGCCCCCACAAGGACAGGGUGCCACCAGAGAUUCUUGCAAUGUAUGAAAAUGUUCUAAAGUGCCCUACUCCUGGCUGCUCGGGGCGUGGCCAUGUCAAUAGCAACAGGAACUCCCACCGCAGUCUCUCGGGGUGCCCCAUCGCCGCUGCAGAGAAGAUGGUUAAAGUCCAGGAGAAGCACAUCCCAUGUGACGGGGGCCCCAAGUCCAGCCAGGCUUCAGAUCGUGUGCUGAGGCCAAUGUGCUUUGUGAAACAGCUGGAGAUCCCACAGUACGGUUACAAAAAUAACGUCUCCACCAGCACGCCGCGCUCCAACCUAGCCAAGGAGCUGGAGAAGUACUCCAAGACUAGCUUCGACUACGGCCAAGGCUACGACAGCCAGCACCACGUCUACAGUGGGGGGAAGACAGGCCUGGCCCCCAAGCCCCACGGACGGGACAUGGACACUUCACCCAAGGGAUAUGACGCCAAGCGCUACUGUAAGAGCCCAGCCAGCAGCACGACAAGCAGCUACGCUCCCAGCAGCACGACAAGCAGAUACGCUCCCAGCAGCAGCAGUCUGAGCUGCGGAGGGGGAGGGGGAGGGGGCGGCAGCAGCGCCAGCAGCACCUGCAGUAAGAGCAGCUUCGACUACACACACGACAUGGAGGCUGCCCACAUGGCCGCCACGGCCAUUCUCAACCUGUCCACGCGCUGCAGGGAGAUGCCUCAUGGCCUGGGAGGCAAGCCCCAGGACCUCCUCUCCCAGUGUCCUGAUGGGGACAUGGAUGACAACAGUACCCUGGACCUGAGAGUGAGCCGGGGCCAGCCGGGGGGUCCGGAGGGGGGUGGCACGGUGCUGACGCCCCUGCAGCCCAUGUCCACCCAGCGCCAGGCCCUGCUCAACAGCAGCCGCUGCUACCAGAUGAGCGAGGCCGAAUGCUGGGACCUACCCGUGGACUACACCAAGAUCAAGCGCAUCACAGACGACGAUCACAAAGAGUCUUCCUUUCUUUUAUCCCUCCACCAGGCGGACCACCUGGAUCCGUUCCAGGACCUUCUGGAUGAGCAGCACUACGGAGGGGACGUGACCAGCCCAAAACACAAGUACACCCCCUGCAAGGAGGGCAAGAAGGAGCUCAUCACUCUCUCCAGCUACCAGCUAGCUGACAAAAGCAUCUGCAGUAUGAUGACGACCAAUGCGCAAGACCUCAAGUGUCCCACUCCAGGAUGUGACGGGUCUGGACAUAUCACUGGGAACUACACCUCUCACAGGAGACCUUUCCCUUCUAGUCUGUCAGGCUGUCCACGGGCCAAGAAGAGCGGGAUCAAGAUACUGCACAGCAAGGAGGACAAGGACGACCAGGAGCCAAUCAGGUGUCCCGUCCCAGGCUGCGACGGACAGGGUCAUGUGACGGGGAAGUACGCGUCCCACCGCAGUGCAUCAGGCUGCCCCCUUGCGGCCAAACGGCAGAAGGACGGCUACGUUAAUGGCUCCCAGUUUGCAUGGAAGUCCGGGAAGACAGAUGGCAUGUCGUGCCCAACCCCGGGCUGCGAUGGAUCGGGACAUGUCAGUGGGAGCUUCCUGACACAUCGGAGUCUCUCCGGCUGUCCCCGUGCCACCUCAGCCAUGAAGAAAGCCAGAAUGACUGGGGUAGAAAUGUUGACAAUCAAGCAACGGGCAAGCAAAGGAAUAGAAAAUGACGAGGAAAUCAAACAGCUGGAUGAAGAAAUCAAAGAUCUAAACGAAUCGAACAAUCAAGUGGAAUCAGACAUGAUUAAACUUAGGACACAAAUCACCACUAUGGAGACUAACCUGAAGUCCAUAGAGGAGGAGAACAAAGUGAUUGAGCAGCAGAAUGACGCCCUACUGCACGAGCUAGCCAACCUCAGCCACUCUCUCAUCAACAGCUUAGCUAAUAUCCAGCUCCCACAUAUGAAACCGAUGCCACAGAAAGAGGCCCCAGUUAAACAUAGCUGCUGUUUACAGAUGCCCCACAGAGAGCCAAUGAAUGAACAAAACUUUGACACUUAUGUGAGUACUUUGACAGACAUGUACACCCAUCAGGACCAAUACCAGAGUCCAGAGAACAAGGCCCUAUUGGAGAACAUCAAACAAGCAGUGCAAGGCAUCCAAGUGUAGUAGCCUAUCUUCUGGCCAAAAGGACCGGUCUGAGGCCAAAUCAAAUUAUGUUAAAGCAACAAAUAAAAGUCAAAAGAGAGAAUGGAUUCUGUUUUUUGCUGCUGUAAUUUACCAUAGUAUUUCUUUUAUUUAUUACGCUGUAAUGCUCAGAGCUCCAUUGUUGUGUUGUUUUGCCUUGCUUUUAAAAAAUAGUUCCCAAUGGCAAAAGUUUCAAAGAACAUUCACGUUUUGUAAAUUUUCAUAUGACCUAAUAUAAUGUGAUGUACUGUAUAUAGCUGCUAAUGUAUGCACAUUUUAGUGUAUAUGUAUUUAUUAAUUGUAAGCUUGUAUCAUUCAUUAUUUUAAUGUGUAUUGAUAAAAAGAACAAAACUGAGUGCCACGGGUUGGGAGCCAGAUGUGAUGUGAGGACCAAUCAGCUUUUCUCUAAGUAUGUCAUAGAAAACUAAAAAGACCUUUGGUGUGAAGAUUGUUUAAUGGAUUUAAAUGUAUUGAGUUUUUGUUACAAUGUUUGAAAAACUCUGUCUUCAGUGGUCUGUGUGAACACUAAUAAUAAUGUCUGUGUUUAAAUCAAGUUUAAGAAGAAACCAUGUAUAAAUAUGACACAUUUUAAACAUCAUGACACAGAAACUACUAACUGGUGCAACUCCCAUAACCUAGAAUGGACUAUACUUCAUUAGGUUAGAAAUAAAAAGUCUUAGUAAUCUGUGUUGUUAAAAACACAGAGCGAGAUGUCCAACGACCAAUGGCUAUGGAAAAUGUAUAGGAGACAAUCUAGCAUUACUAAUUUAUUUUUAUCUUAUUGAAUACUUAGUAGGACCUUGGUAUAACAAUGAUUACAUCACUUGUUUAGAUAUGGGAUGCAAUCUAUAUAAAAAAAAGUUUGGGUAUAUGCAAUUUCUUAUAAAUAAAAUUAGAACAGAGCUGAUAAAAAUCUUUUUACUAACAAUGUAAAUGUAUUAAGUUUUGUAUAAAUCUUUUAAUACAAUCAUGUUUUAGGAAUUCAAAAUGGGGAGAUCAGUUCCUAAAUGAACGAUGGAUGAGUUUCGUUCUUUCAUGUUACAUUUUGCACAGGGACAUCUUUGUUUCCAUGUUUUGAUUUAAACUUAAAGAGGUACUUGAAAGCUCAAAUUGAUAGUCAGAGAUUUUGUAGAAAAGUUAUCUUUAUAAAGGCUGAUUAAUGUGUUGGAUUUACAGGGUCAACGUCAUUAAUUAAUCAUAGUAUAUUACAGUGAGGGAAAAAAGUAUUGAUCCCCUGCUGAUUUUGUACGUUUGC